UUUUCCAUGGAAUUUCAAUAUCAUCCGAAGAUGACGGCGAGGAUGUAGAUCCGGCAAUUGAUGAAACCAUUGCAAGAUUCAAAAAUGUUAUUGACCUUCUGGUCUCAGCUCUCAACAAAAGAUUUGCAUUGAAUGAUAAGCAAAAACAUUUGCAAUGGAUACGCUUUCUUAAUCUUCGCAACUGGCCGGUCAGACAAUUACAAGGUAACCCACCGGCUUACUGGAAAUAUACGAAAUUGUUUUGCACGUUUAACAAUAAUACCUAUUUUUCAGGUUUUGGUGACGAUGAUGUGAAUAACCUCUUAAAACACUUCCUUCCAUAUUUGUCUGCUGCGUAUAAUUCUGCUGAUGUCAUUGAAGAAGACUUUGUGGGAGAAGCCAUGCUGGAAUGGGAUGAGCUUAAGACGAAAAUCUAUGGACGGUGACCAACUAAGCGUUUUUCACUGUGCUGACCUGUAUAUUUCACCUAUAUAUAAUUUCUCAAUAUAUUAUUGUCUCAUUUCAGAUAUGGUGGUAAGAACAUUGCAAAAGAACUGACAUGGCAAAGUAUCAAUGUUGAAUUUGGUCCAGAUGCAGAACACUUCCUCCUCCUUGUUGACUUGCUUCUGACCAUUCCUGCUCAUUCAGCUGAAUGCGAACGUGGCUUUUCCCUUCUGAAGACGAUCAAAACAGACUGGAGAAACAAGCUGUCUGAUAGUGCUGUCACUGACCUGAUUCGAAUCACAUUAGAGUGUGCAGAUAUCAAGUUGUUCAACCCAGAUCCAGCAAUACAUGCAUGGAACAAACGUUCUAUUAGAGGCCGACGUCCCAACCAAAAGAGGUGGAGAACACACAAAAAGUCACAAGAACCCCUGGUUGCUGGACCAGAUGAAGAUCUCUCUGUCAGUGAUGAUGCUGAUGCAUCUGAUUCUAGUGAUUCAGAUUGUGAUUCAGAUUCUCACACUGAGACUACGAGUGUCUCAGAUAAAGAUCAAAUUAGCAACAAUGACAUGCUUGAGUUAUUCAACACCGAUUCAGAUGAAAGUGAUUUUGAUGGAUUUUAA